AUGGGGCUUGUGCUGGUGGCAGGCUGCAGCUUGAUCGCCUUCGGUCCUUCGAUCAUGCUGUGGGUGGUGGUCGUCGGCAAGCGACCGGCUCUUGUGAUCAUCGGCCUCGUCGGCGCCUUUUUCUGGCUGGCGUCCAUGGCGGCAGCUUCCGUGCUCUGGACCAUCGUUCCCGCUGCGCAGGACGCCUGGUUGCUGUCCAUGAUCACGGGCGUCGUCCUGCACGGCUUCGGGCGCCUUGCGCUCGCAAAGGUCUACGUAAAGACGGAAGCGGUGAUCAACGAAGCCGCUGCGCACGCCGCCCCUGCUUCAAAUGCUCACGGAAGCAGCGGCCGGUACGGCGGCGCUCUGGGGGCAGAGGGCAGCGGCGGGGUUGGCGAAGGUCGAGGGGAAAGGAAGACGGGCGACGUGCCCGACCAGCCGGAAGAAUCCUCUGGCUUGCUCAGGCUGAACGGGGUGUCUUCCUCCAUAGCCGCUGGCGUGGGGUGGGGAUUGAUUCACGCUGUGAUCAUGGUCGGCACGGCGUUGUCGAAGCACAUGGGACCCGGGGCAGCGUUCUCGCCGUCCUGUCCCCACGUGCCGUCGGUAAUCGUUUCUGCGUUGAGCGCGCAAGCGUUUGUGGUUCUAGACCUGCUCCUCAUGGCGGCUGCUUUUGCCGCGGCACGGUCAGGAGAUGCGGGGCUCAUGAGCUUCUCCUUUGGGCUACAUUUCGCCGCGGCCCUCACGACGGGCUUCAAUUUCAUCGAAGGCGGGUGCACGGCUUCUCUGCCCUUGUUGUACGGGGUGGUCGCCCUGGCGGCCAUCGCUCUCACAAGAUAUCGCCCGCUCAAAUCAGCGAUGAUACGGCUGAGGCGAUGA